GAAACAAUUUGAAACGUUUAUAAUAGAGAGAAAAAAAAAGAACGAAGCAUGUAUGCGAUUAUCCUAUUUUAUGCUUUAUAUUUCACUAUUAAUGGAAAGUUUGAACAUGUAUCAGGAAGAAUCGUGAAUUCAGACAAAUUAUCAGAUUCAUCUGCUUCAAAGAUGCCUAACUUGAAAAUUUUGACAGAUCAUAAUAUCCACAUACCACAGAAAUCAAAUAAUCGAACUUCAUGCAACGGUACAGAUAAAUGUGAACUUCAAAAAUCAAGCAAAAAUGUUUCUAUCACCACUACGAAUUUACCUCAGACACAAGUUCACAACUUUACAGUAGCUCCCCACGUUCCAACAACAACAACACACCAGAAACUUCCACAAAAUCAUACAAUUGCUCAUGGAACAAAAGCAACUCCUGUUGCACCUAUUGCUCAUGGAACAAAAACAACUACUGCUGCACCUGAGUCAUUUCUAAAAAAAGUUGGUGAUGGAUUUUUUGAUCUGUUCAGUGAACAAGAGUUUCAUCCAAUAAAUCAAAAGAGUUAUUUGUUCAAUUUCUGGUACCUUUUCAGAUCAUCAUUCUUGAAUUUAAAGAAUAUGAAAACUUUAUUAUUAGGAAGUUAAAUCAUUUACUGUCAGUCGUUUCGAAUAUUCAGAAAAACAAAUACGCUGGAAUAUUCACUAAACAAUGUUAUCUUUACAAUAAAUUAUCAAAUAUUUUUCAUUUUGUCUUAUUUUUAUUUUAACGUUAUUACUAACAACAAUGAACAAUCAAAAUAAAUAUCAUUUGAAUAAUGUUGUUAUACUUUGAUUGCAAUACGAUGUGUUAUCUGUACUAAGUGAUGAUUCCUUUGCUCUUGAUUAAGUACUUAUUAC